UCUUUAUUGAAAUCCGCCGCCACGGCUGUCCCUUCUACGGGCUCUACGAGCAAACAGCUGACAACGGCACAACCGGCGCCGCUGUAGCUACCUGCAAACAAUCGUGCGCGCGCGCGCGCUCGCGUCGCACCUUACCGCUGACGGCGCUACUACGAAGCGUUUAUCGCGAAAUAUUAAUAGCUUUGUUUUUUAUCGCUGCACCGGACCGCGCUAGAACUUCCUUCCUCGUCAAACUUUAAACGGAUAUCACUUUAAAAGAGUGUGCACGCUAGUUCGACUAGAAGCAAACAGACCUGAUGUGUGUGCGGUGCAUCAAAUGAAGAUUGCAAUAUCCGGCCGGUGCCUUUCAAUGUUAUCGGAAUGACGUUCGGUUAUCGUAAUUCCUUAACGAGCGGAGACCUGCUGAAAUGUCUAUGGAGAUUUUAACCGGGAAUUUUGAAAGAGUCUUUGAUACUGAUUAGCCGCCGUACGGAAGUGUUCAUUGUGGUUGCAAUAUCUCGGGAAAUGGCACGAAAUGAAGAAAUAUCGCCAACGCAAGAAAACUCGUAGAGGUAAAACGUCACAUUCGGCAGGUUCGGGACAAUUCGACGAGGCAUCUUGCAGUUUUAGGGGGUCUUGUCACGUCUGCGUAAGUGGCUGUUAAAAAUGUCUCGUCAAGCUAACGGGGCCCGUACCGUCGAGGUGGAUAAUUUUGUACCCAUCUUGGCACCCACCGCCGAUAUUUCAUCGCGAUUGAAGACCUUGGCCGCUCAUUUCGCCUCGAAAUACAAUGUGGAGCCUGCCUUCUUCGUUCGAGUGCCAGGGAGAGUGAAUCUGAUAGGCGAGCACAUCGAUUACUGCGGGUAUUCCGUCUGUCCAAUGGCCAUCGAACAGGAUAUCCUUGUCGCGGUGACAUUAUCGAAAGCUAAUGAGAUUCAUCUUACCAACGUCGAUCCUAAAUACAAGGACUUUCAGUGCAGCUUUGAAAAUGCGGGAUCUUGUAUUAGCGAGAGCGAGAGCGGGCCGUCGUGGUACAAAUAUUUUCUGUGCGGCGUAAAAGGAGCGCUGGAGGUAAUCCCAGCGGAGUCCGUUCCAACGGGAAUCCUGGUUGCGGUAUGGGGAAACAUUCCCCCUAAUUCUGGCCUUUCCAGCUCCAGCGCGCUCGUCUCGGCUGCACUCCUUUCCGUCGUACAUGCUAGUCAGCGCCAAUUGUCAAAGCAUGAAUUAGCGACUAUUAGUGCUCGAGCGGAGAGACACAUCGGCACCCAAGGUGGCGGAAUGGAUCAAGCCAUUGCCUUCCUUGGGAAAGCAGGUUCGGCCAAAUUGAUUGAGUUUAAUCCUCUGCGUGCAACUGAUAUAACAUUGCCAGAAAACGCAGUGUUCGUAAUAGCGCACAGUCAAGCGUAUCACAACAAAGCCUCGACCGCCGACUACAAUCUCAGAGUUGCGGAAUGCCGAUUAGCCGCACAGCUGAUAGCCAAGAAAAGAAAUAUGGAUUGGGAGCGUGUUCAAAGAUUAAUCGACAUUCAGGAGAGACUCGCCUCAGACUUGGACGAGAUGGUUACUGUAGUAAUGGCAGAACUGCACGAAGAGCCGUACACUAUUGAUGAGAUCUGUGAGAGCCUCGGUACGGAUUACGAACGAUUGAAGAAAACGUCUCUCGUCAGUUCCUUUAAUAUCUCGCAAACGUUCAAGCUGCAGCAGCGGGCUCUGCACGUUUUUCAAGAGGCCGGCAGAGUGCUCGCGUUCCGCCGUAUAAACGAGGAAGGCAGCAUAAUGGAACACGAGAAGCUUCAACAUCUCGGCAGCCUGAUGUCGAAGAGCCACGCCAGUCUCCAUAAACUGUACGAGUGCAGCCAUCCUAGCGUGGAUGCGCUCGUCGAAAGGGCCAUGCUUUGCGGUGCAUUUGGCGCUCGACUCACGGGAGCGGGUUGGGGCGGUUGCAUCGUGGCUAUCAUCGAUAAAAACCGAGUUCAGCAAUUCGUCGAGGCUCUCCGAGCGUACCUUUGUCAAAACAACACGAAGGACCGAGCGGAAGAUCUAGUGUUUCCGACGUCACCGAACCAGGGCGCUAUUAUUUACACAAUGUAAACAUCGUUCUGAAUCGUAACACCCGCGUUAUAAUAAAUAAAUAUAGUGGCUUCCCCUGGUCCGCGUCGUCACGCCGUCCUUUUAUUGACAUUUCAUUAUUUUCUCCUGCUCACUUUGCUUCACUUCCCUCCUAUUACCUGGCUUUCUUUCGCUUACCCCGUCGCAAAUUUUAAUUGAAAAGAUGCCUGAUCUGUGCGCGUUUACGGCGUGCCUUUGCCUUUUACCAUUCGUACCCACCGCAGGGACUGUAUGUUUUAUUAUUAAACGUCAGUCUUUGCCAUUUAAUUGCUGCUAUACGAAUCCUGUUCGUUACAAUUGCAUUAAAUGAAAUCUAUUGACUACAGUGCCUUGAAAUCGCGCACUACGAUAUUCUCAAAACAAAGACACGAACACAAUUAUGUCUCGACCUACCUAGUGUCAGGACUCGUAUAUCUCUUUCCUACGAAUCCUAUAUACAAUUAUAUCUGCAACGAGUUGUACGUGUUCUGUGCUAUUCUAAAAUGUAUGCUACGAAUAUACAUUGCGAAGUAACAACGUAUAGUUAACCACAUGAUAUAUAUAAUAAUUAACAUAAUUAAUAUGUAGCAUAUUUUUACAUAAAGCAAUUAUAAAUUAAUAAAUUCACAGUGAAAUAUAUCACUUUUAGCAUGUAACAUGUAAUUUCAAUUUGAUAAAGAGCAAUAACAUUGCAAGAUAAAAUAUA